AUUAACCUUUCAAUUUUCUUGGUAGUGAUAUAUUCUGUUUUCUCUCUCUUGAGUUCAGUUCUCUCUGAGGAGGUAGUUACUGUCAUAAUUGUGGAAUGUAACUUCUCUCAUCUUUCUUGUGAAAACAAUUCAAUUCAAUGUUUCUGAAACUGAAACACCAUUGAAUACUCCUCAAACUUUAUACUCUAUAUACAUUUAUUUAUUUUCUUAAUUAAUUAAUGCUCUCAAGUUUAUAAAGCUAUUCUUCAAUUACAUCAUUUAGAUGAUUUUUUUUGGGUAGAAAGGGUUGGUAACUUGGUCAUAAUUUCUAUAAAAGAAUAGUUUUUCUUGUUUUCCUCUAGAUUUCCUGAAUUGGGUUUGUAAGAAAUUAGGAUCUGUUGCUUUAGGGAUUCACUGUUUUUGUUUUCUAGCUUCUGUUUUUUUUGGAUGGAGAUAGAGAAGAGUGAGAUGAAGUCAAAGAAGAUGGAAGAGUAUGAAGUGAUAGAACAAAUUGGUAGAGGAGCGUUUGGUUCUGCUUUUCUUGUUCUUCAUAAGUCCGAGAAAAAGCGGUAUGUGCUGAAAAAGAUUCGUUUGGCCAAACAGGGAGAGAAGUUCAAACGUACAGCACACCAAGAGAUGAAUCUGAUUGCAAAACUGAAUAACCCAUACAUUGUGGAUUACAAAGAUGCUUGGGUGGAAAAGGAGGACCAUGUAUGCAUUAUAACCGGCUAUUGCGAAGGAGGCGACAUGGCCGAGAGCAUUAAGAAAGCUCGAGGAUCGUUUUUUCCAGAGGAGAAGGUCUGCAAGUGGCUAACUCAACUGUUGGUAGCCGUAGACUACUUGCAUUCUAACCGUGUAAUCCAUCGGGAUCUUAAGUGUUCCAACAUAUUCCUCACCAAGGACAACAAUAUUCGGCUAGGUGAUUUUGGUCUUGCAAAGCGACUUAAUGGAGAAGACCUCGCUUCCUCGGUCGUUGGAACUCCAAAUUACAUGUGUCCUGAACUCCUCGCGGACAUACCAUACGGUUAUAAAUCGGAUAUAUGGUCUCUCGGUUGCUGCAUGUUUGAGAUUGCUGCACAUCAAUCAGCAUUUCGUGCUCCGGACAUGGCUGGACUUAUCAAUAAAAUAAAUCGAUCCUCCAUUUCUCCGCUGCCAAUUGUUUAUUCUUCCACACUGAAACAAAUUAUCAAGAGCAUGCUGAGGAAAAAUCCAGAACAUAGACCAACAGCUGCGGAAUUGUUAAGACAUCCACAUUUACAACCAUAUGUUCUUCGGUGUCAUAAUGCAUCAUCUAAUGUUCUUCCAGUAUAUCCCCUAGUUAACUCGAAGGAUAAAACAAAAAGAUCUCCCAAAGCUAGUGGCGGCAAGGGCCAUAACGACAGAGAAACGGGAUUCGUAAAUCGUUUGGAACGUGUUCAUCCAAUUGGGGGAAAUGUUGAUGUACAUACAACUUAUCGUCCUAACAAUGCCGAGGUAACAAUCUCAACGAGCACAGAAUACAACCUCGAGACCAAGAUGAUUGAUCAUACGAUUACGGGCUACAUAGUUGAAUCUUCUACUAGUAUUAGCGGCUCAAAAGAUGGAUCAACAACUUCUGAAUCAACAACUUGCAGUGUGUGCAAGGAGGACUAUAAAAUUAGACCAGCAAGGGAAAUAGCUACCAAUGGAAUCACCUCAAAGCGCAUACACGAUUCUCUGCACGAGAAAGAACACAGAUUUGCUGUAGCGACUACUGAAGUCGAAGGUACCUUCUUGAACAAAGGCUUUGAUAAUGUUAAAGCACAGAGGGAAGAUGCCAAAUUUGAUGACCUUAGGAAAUCAACGACUUCCAGUGCAACCAAUAGCAGUACUGACAAAAAUAAUUCCAUUAACGAGGAAAGUUCAUUGCUAAUUAUGCAUCCUCUAAGGGUUGAACACAACAGUACUGAAUCCAGAGACUACUCAAAGAAAAAUGAAAACCAUGAUUCUUUUACCGAAAAAGUCUUACAUACGAACUGCUCGUCGUCAGAGAGUAACAAUCAUAGCAAUAUACUUGCAGUUAAGGAGGAUGGCAUCGAAAAACUUCACAUUAUUUGCCCCACACAGAAAGAAGAUGAUAAUGCAACAAAUGGUGGUGAUGACGGAGACAAAGCAAUCGACGAUGCGUUGUCGGAUAGUCCAUGCCAGGAAAGAGCCGAUGCAUUGGAGUCUCUCCUUGAGUUAUGUGCUCAGUUACUUAAACAAGACAAACUCGAAGAACUUGCUGGUGUUCUAAGACCAUUUGGGAAAGAAGCUGUAUCAUCAAGAGAAACAGCAAUAUGGUUGACAAAGAGCCUCAUAUCUGCUCAAAAGUUUAACCCUGAAAACUAGUUUAAUCAUGAGUGGUUUUCGUAAUUAAUUUAUAUGCAUUCUUGUAUGAAAUGUUUAUUUCAAAUGCCAUAUAAGUUUGUUCAUUUGAGUUUGUUGCUUGGUUGAUGAUUGGAGAAUGGGAAAAUAACAUGCCACAUAUUGUUUAUUGCUAAAUGGUUAUAAUAAAUUAUUUUUGUUUGGUUGGUUA